AUGGUCCAACGACACUUAACCGUCUCAGAGGCUUAUGAUGCCCUCGGACUCGAACAGGGGGCGCCCCUCGAGGCCAUCAAAAGCAAAUACAAACAGCUCGCUCUGCGCACGCAUCCCGACAAGAAUCCUGGUAACGAAGAGGCUACCGCACAAUUCCAGCGUGUCAGCGAGGCGUAUGACGUUCUGUCGAAACAUGGCCACCACCCUGUGCCAUCGACACGCUACACUUCCCACCCGUUUGCUGGAUACGGUGCUCAUGACUUUGAGUUCUACUGUUCCGAAGAUGAAGACGGGUAUGACUAUGAGGGUGCCGAGUACGAUUCGUACGAGGAUGAUUUGGAGGGCCUUGCCUUUUACAUGUUCUUGUUCGAAGAAUUGAUGAAAGAUCGAGGUCGGGCUCAUCGCACUCAGCGUGGGUAUGUACGACAAAGGGACAACUCUGGGCUUAGUACAGAGCACAUACGCUAUAUGCGUGAGCAGCAGGAAGCUGCGGAAGCUCGACGCGCCAAAGAGGCUGCGGAGCGCAAGGCAGCUCUAGAGAAGCAACGUCUCGAAGAAAAGAGACAGGCCGAGCAGCGCCAAAGGGUCAAAGCUUCUGAGAAAAAAGCUGCGGCCGAGGCAUUUCGUAGUUCUGCUGAGCGGACAGCCCGGGCACGACAACAGAAGGUGCAGGACCUUCGUUCAGCGGUGUUCUCUGCGGCCAGACAAGGCGAUAACGAGAAGGUAAAGAAAGGCGUAUGGGAAGACGAGGUCGACGCCGCUGGUGGCGAGGUCAGGAUCGGAUGCGAGAGUUUCGUGAAAUCGAUGCCUGCGGACAAGAGUGAGACUCUGCUGCACAUUGCUACGAGACGCGGCGACGCGGAGCUUGUCGAAUGGCUUGACACGCAUAAUGCGGAUCCAGAGGAGCGGGACUCUCACGGAUUCACAGCUUUCCAUAUGGCUCUUCAAGCAGGCGAUAUCAGGAUUUUGAAAUACUUCUUCGAGGCGUAUCCACCAAAGGACUCUGAUCACAAGCCUAUCUACGAUCCACCGUCGUCUAUGUCGCUUCUCCGCCUGGCUUUAGACUCAAAGCUUCCUGAGGCUGUUUGGAUGGUCUUGGACAACAAGUUGUCUACCUCAGACGAGAUUGAGGUCUGUUUCGACUGGAUAUUUUCGCCUGCCGGUCAAAAGGCUUUUGCGCUCGUUGAAGACAACAGUCGGCAAAACGAUGAAGGGAUCACUGAGGAAAUAAUUAAUCUCUUGAUGUCUUUUGGUGGCCUUGACCGACCGCUUCGUGCUCCUGCUUCGCCGUCUCCGCCAUCGCUCUCAAAGGCAGAGCGUGUUUCAGGCGCUGCAGAACCCUCAAGCGCUUUCUCGGAUAACUCUCGGCCGUCAUCCGACCGUCCUCGUGCUUUCUACAGUGGCCGUGGGCGAGGAAAGAGAGGCCAGCAACCUGGCGUCACCCCUUCUCCGCCGCGCAGCCCGCAGGAGUCUAGACAGAACGCGCCUUUCCAAGACAAGGCUGUUGUAGACUUCGGCGCACGGGGGCGCGGUAGGAGCCGGGGCUGGGGUCGCGGCCGAGGACGCGGACGUGGUGUCGCCCCGCAUGCAUCGGCCAUCUGA